UCGCUAUUUCACAAAAAAUAGAAAACAAAACAAAAAAAAAAAUUGCAGACUCCGCUAAAUUUUGCAAAAAUUAAUCAUCAAACAGAAAUAUUCCCAAUUAAACUUUUUGAAUCUCCCUUUCGAACUCUUUCCCAAAACCGGCUUUCUAGAACCAUUAUCAAGAAUUAUGUCUGAUUGGAGACCAAAUGAAGAUUCCUCCGAUUCGGAAGAUGAGGAAUCCAAUGUCGAUAUUCGAGGUCGUGAGGCUAUCAUUUUCGUUUUGGAUGGAUUCCUUUUCAAAACACCAGAACGUUUCCAAGAAGCCACACAAUUAAUACGCGAUGCCUUCCUUUCUGGUCUGAUAAUCAACGAUAAAGAUCUUAUUGGAAUUGUUUUCGAUAACACAAAAGAGUCCCCGGCUCCCAAAGAAGCCGAUGUUCUAAAGAACAUAGUCGUGCCAUCCAAUUGUGCAUUGUUCCUUCCACUUCGUCAAUUGAACAAAGACAUUGUCGAAUACUUUCUCAGUUUUACCGAAGAGAACUUCUUUGACUAUGACACUAAAUAUGGUGUUAGUGAGGGCAAGUUUGCCAGCAUGAUUCGAUUGUGUGGCAAUAUGUUCCAACAAUGUGGUGUCAAACUAUCUAGUCAGACAAUUGUGUACUUUUCUGAUCGAGAGACACCCCACGAACCAGGAUCACAGGAAUUCCAAAAGGCAAUUCAAAGAGCCUCCGAUAUGGAAGGACAAAAUAUUGAAUUCAAUUUGAUUCCUAUGAUUGAUGAUUUCGAUUAUGAUCGAUUCUAUAGGGAGUUUAUUGCGCUAUCCAAAGACAUCGAUAUGGAGAGUUUCGAACCAACAGACCCAAAGCUAGCUCGAGAAAUGAUAUCCGAUCGAAAACUUAAAUUGGACAUCAACAAACGCUGCUUGGGACAUGUCAAUUGGAACCUUGGCAGCAACCUAGAACUCUCGGUGAAAUUCUACAAUUACUAUCGCAAAUCCGUUUAUCCCAAGAGAGUUGCCCUAAAACGUGAUGAUAACUCUAUCAUCACUGCGAAAAUAGAAAACUUCAUUGACAAGAAGGAUGAAGAAAAUGGAGUAACGAUCAGACGGGAAAUGCGCAGCGAUGACGUGGAAUACGUGAUAACCUGCGGAGCCGAAGAAGUUCGAGUCCAAGAAGCCGAAAUGUUUAAGAUCAAAUACCCCCAUCAACCGAUCCUGCAGUUGGUUGGCUUCAAAGACCGGUCGGUGCUUAAGAAAGACCAUUUCAUUCGGCAAUGUUCUUUUAUUUAUCCAGAUGAUGAAAAAAUUUCUGGUUCAGCCAAGUUAUUUACUGCCCUCUGGAUGAGGUGUUUGGAGAAUGAAAAGAUUGCUGUUUGUAUCUUCAUUCCCAGAAGAAAAUCCAAACUCUCAUAUGUUGCCCUUGUGCCGGUCACAUCGGCGGACAGUGAUAGCCCAAAUCCCAGUACUUCAAUAAAUGGUGAUGGCUUUAGAGUGGUAUUUCUUCCAUUUGCUGAAGAACUCCAUCAAUAUAAUUUCAAAGAAUGGGAUAUUGAAGUCAAUCCUUCUGAAGAGGGACAAGAAAUUCUCAAGAAAAUCAUGAAGAAGCUCAAAGUCAAAUAUAUUCCAAGUAAAAUCAAAGAUCCAGCAUUGGAUGAAAUUCAAUCCAGAUUGCUUGCUCUAGCAUUUGAUAUUAAAACUGAAGGUGGCGGUGACAUUCAAAUGCCUGACACUCAAAAGCAAGAUGAACGUAUUGAACAGUUUUUCGAUGAUUUUGUCAAUAUUUUCGGUGUGGAGGAUGCCGCUGAGAAGAGAAAAGCACCAAGUGCGGCUAAUAAACCAUCAGCUAAAAUUCCGAAAAUAUCGGAACAAGAUUUGAGUGCUGGAUUCAUUGAUAGUCUUAUUGCAAAUGGUAAGUUGGAUUCACUAAAUAAGGAGCAGUUGUGUAAUUUUUUGAAGGCAAAUAAUGCUAAAUUUACCAAGUCCAUGACCAAAGGAGUCUUGAUUGAAAAAGUGAUGGAAGUACGAAACAUUUAAGGAAGGGAAGUUCUUUGUUUCUUCAAUUUUUUUUUUAUAAAGCAUGUAUUUUUGUAUUGUUACCGUUAAAUGAAAGUUAAGAUAUUUUUAUUAAAUAA